AUGGAAAAGACCCCCCACACCUCCGAGGCCAUGGCCUUCUCCCCGCCGAGCCCCGGUGCUGAGCCCAAGACGGACCUCGAGACUGGUGAUGCCGGCCUCCAGCGCACCCUGUCGAGUCGUCACCUUCAGUUCAUCGCCAUCGGCGGCACCAUCGGCACCGGUCUCUUCCUCGGUACCGCCGAUGCCCUGAGCUCGGCGGGCCCCGUCGGCUCCCUGCUCGCCUUUGCCUUCAUCGGCGCCGUCGUCUUCUCCGUCAUGACGUCGCUCGGCGAGAUGGCCACCUACAUCCCCGUCGCCGGCUCCUUCACGGCCUACGCCUCGCGCUUUUGCGACCACUCGCUCGGCUUCGCCAUGGGCUGGACCUACUGGUUCUCCUGGUCCGUCACCUUUGCGCUCGAGCUCUGCGCCGCCGGCCUCAUCAUCCAGUACUGGAACUCGUCCCUCAGCGUCGGCAUCUUCAUCGCCGUCUUCUGGGUCGUCUUCACCGCCAUCAACUACAUGCCCGUCCGCUGGUUCGGCGAGCUCGAGAUGUGGUUCUCCUCCAUCAAGGUCGUCACCAUUGUCGGCUGGAUCAUUUUCGCCGUCUGCGUCAACGCCGGCGUCGGCGACGAGGGCUACAUCGGCUUCAAGCACUGGAGCCAGCCGGGGCCCUUUGUCGAGUACAUGGUCGACGGCGCCACGGGCAAGUUUGUCGGCUUCUGGUCCGUCCUCAUCAUCGCCGGCUUCUCCUUCCAGGGCUCCGAGCUCGUCGGCAUCGGCGCCGGCGAGUGCCGCGACCCGGCCAAGAGCGUGCCGCGCGCCAUCCGCGUCACCUUUUGGGGCAUCUUCUGCCUCUUCAUCGCCACCGUCUUCUUCCUCGGCCUGCUCGUGCCCUCGAACGACGAGCGCCUGCUGUCCGGCGGCAAGGACGCCAGCGCCUCGCCCCUCGUCAUCGCCGCCCAGCGCGCAGGCGUCAAGGUCCUGCCCGACAUUAUCAACGCCGUCCUCCUGACCGCCGUCCUCUCGGCCGCCAACUCCAACGUCUACUCGGGCAGCCGCAUCCUGCUGGCCCUCGCCUCCGAGGGCCACGCGCCCCAGUGGAUCACGCGCACCAACCGCCACGGCACGCCACACUACGCCGUUGCCGUCACCGCCGCCAUGGGCUUCCUCGCCUUCCUCAACCUCUCGGCCGACGGCGGCGUCGUCUUCGGCUGGCUCCUCAACAUUGUCGCCGUCGCCGGCUUCAUCUCGUGGUCCUGCAUCAGCGUCUGCCACCUGCGCUUCCAGGCCGCCCUGCGACUCCAGGGCAUCGACCGCGCCACCCUGCCCUACGCCGCGCCGCUGCAGCCCUACCUCUCGUGGUUCGGCCUCUUCUUCAUCGUCCUCAUCCUGCUGACCAACGGCUUCGCCGUCUUCAUCGACUGGAGCACGAGCGACUUCUUCGCCGCCUACAUCUCGCUGCUCAUCUUCCUCGUCCUGUUCGUCGUCCACAAGGCCAUCUUCCGCGGACGCCCUGUCAAGCUGUCCGAGGUUGACCUCGUCAAGGGACGCUAUGACCUGUAG